AUGAGCGAGCUGGAUUGUCCAGGUGAAAAACUACCGAAGGGAACUGGAAAAUCUUUCAAGGGUGUCGAAAAUUUCUUGAAAAGGGUAGCUUUUAACUUAGGCAAUACUCCGUCGCGGACGGAAGUUAAAAUUAUAUCUUGCAUACCAAUAGACGUGUCAGAUUUACAACAAAAGAUAAUAUAUUUGGAAAAACAGUUGGAAGAAGCUAGACUUUGUGAUGACUCGCACAAUACAGGCAAGCAAAAACGUGUUGUCAACACGGUUAUUUUCGAUAACAAAUAUCCUCACGUGUCACAUACCGGAGUGUCCUGCAACGCAUUAGAUAUGGACCGAGGCACCAAUCCGUACGAUGGCAACAUGUCUGCAAAGAGGAAGUCCAACGUAUCUUUCGCUAUUCCUUCAGAUAACGGCAGCAAUGUCAACGCUUCCUCAUCGCAUCGCUAUGAUAUGCCCUACACCGAUGACAAACGCUAUGCCGAUUUUAUGGGUUACGAGAAUGAUAUGAAACCUUUUACAAUUGGGGAUGUAAAGCAACGCCAAGGACGAAAAAAUCUCUUCAAAAAAAAAAAGAAAGCCUUGAGACAGAAAAAAACUAGGAAUCACUAUGUUUACUACGCCCAAACAACUAGUAAUCCGUUUAAUAAAUCUGAUGCUGCAGACGAAACUUCUAGAAACAAUAGGGCCAGGACAAGAUCGUACUUAGCCAAGUUAAUAGAUAAGCAAUAUAAACCUCAAAUACUUGGGGGAAAUUUGUCCGACAUUAGCACGUUCUCCUCGCCUAUAUGCAGAGAUACAAUUGAUUACAAUGUAGGUUAUUCUUAUGAAUCUGAUAUUUGUUCAUGUUGCCAUGGAAAGUACCACAACGUUGACGACCACCAGCCUUUAGUAUAUAACAGUCAACAGAUAUAUAGAGCUCAUAACCUUACAGGUGAAGGUGAAUAUUAUGACUCUACAUUUUACGAUGUAGUACCCGUUAAAGAAAAGCCCACAAGGGCUAAGAAAGCGAAUGAUAUACCGAAGAGAAGAGAAACGAAACCUUCGGUAGACAUAAUGUGCUGGCCCGAAGAUGUGCGUACAAAACUUCGUACUUGUCCGGUAUACAAUCCAUUAUAUCUUGAUUACACCGCUGUAGUGCCAAGAACAGAUAAUUAUUUAAAAAGAGCGCCAAAAAUGAACAAAGAGCCAGAGAGACCAACAGUCAAUAAUAUUGCAAGACAAAGAAAUAAUAUGGGUAAACAAAUAAACAUGGAGAUGUCCAAAAGUAGUUGUAUUGAUUUCGGCGACGUAUAUCCUAAAUUUGUUAAGAAAAGGAUCGAUAGAGUAGACAGAUGUUUACAUGUUGAUAAAUGUUUAACAGCUACUCAAGUGCCGCAUAAAGUUGAUGCAGAAUGUCUGACCAUUAUUACAAAUAACAGUGAAUGUCAAACUGUGUCUAGCGUGCUGGAUACAAAGGAUUCAAUACAAAGUAGCGAUGAUAAAACAGAAGAAACAUUGAAUCAAAUAAAAACCAUUUUGCAAUCCGUCCUACGCGAGGUCAAGGUAAGCAGCAUGUCUAAAAACACUACAAAUGAGAAUCCAAAGAAAGAUGCAACCGUACAAAAGGGUGUAUCGCAGGGAAACAUGCCAGAACCAGUACAGAUCAAUAUGGAAGGUCCUUUACAGGACAGCAGACCCAUACAAGCCAACCUAUCAAAUCUUAUACAUGGCAGCAUGCCAAGGUGUCCCGAUCCCCUACUGGGUAUCCCUCAUAACAAUAUAGGGGAUACUUUACAAUCUAAUUUACAAGGUAAUUUGCAAGGCUCGAGACUUUUAAAUAGUUUCACCUAUAGCCCUUACGACAUAAAUCCGUUCUUGCCAUCAUGUUCAAGACAAAUGAAUUCCAACCAGUACUAUUAUUCACAAUCUCCACUAAAGUGUUACCAAAAUUUUCCACUUAUCGUUCAAAAUCAAGGGCGGCCUACUUGUGCCAGCUGCUUUCGAAACGGUCCUCGUAUAAAGUCAAACUACGGGAGACAAGCAGCAACAAUUGCUACUAAUACUGAUACAGUGAAAGCUGAGCACAGUAAAGAGACUGAGAAACUGAUAAAAGAAAUAUACAAGUCAAUGGCAUUAAGUAUGGGUGCAGUCAAGAAAGAGAAUUCUAGUGAAUAUGAACCUCUGCGUGAUUUCAGUAAUCAUGUAGAAAAAUCAACAAUAAAUCGAAGAGUGACAGAAAAGCCGACACCUGUAAAAGAGUUUAAAAAGGUUACAAACGUCGUGCAAGCUGUCUCGGAACUAUUUAGAAAGAGGGAUAUGCAAGUUUCAUCAGAUUCUCACAACCUAACUGAUAGUAAGUAUGGAUCUCACAGAGAGUCACCGGAGAGUAAAUAUGGCUCGAACAACACCAACACAACAACAGAGAGUAAACAAAUAUCUACUGGCGCUACUACUCUUUCCCAAUCACCAACAACUAACACCGAUAUGGACAUAAAACUGCGGAAAGAGCGAGUGGAAAAGUUUUUGGACCAGACAAAGCGUAGAUUAUCUGAAGGGACUCACCAAGACAAGCGAAAGUUCUAUAAUGCAACACAGAAUACGAAGCCAGAUGUGGAGCUUUCGGAGACUUCGAGUAGUGAAACUGAAACUGACGAUACGUUUGUGCCAACACCAACUAAACAAGUCAUACAAAAAGAAAGAAAAGAGAAAAAGGGGUUAUUCAGCAAAAUGUUCAGAUCAGUUAAAUUUUUGAAGCCAAAAGAGCGAAAGAAAAGAGAAAAGAAAGAGUCCAAAGCAGAGACACCAACAACUGAAGAGUCAUCGACGGACUCGGACGACUACCAGACUAUCUACAGUCAGAAAAUAGAAGCACCACAAAAACACAGGCCUAAAGUACACAACUUGUCUAAGCGUAGGACUCACUCGAAAAUAUCAUACAGACAUAUUUAUCAAAGAGAUAAGAGCCCCGAGAAGUUUAUUAGGAGAACACCAUACAUGGAACAGGAGUACCGCAGGCACUGGAACGAGAAACUGAUGUUCCACGAAAGCAAGUACCCGAAGCAUGCGUCUGAACAUCCUUACUUGCAACGAUACCCUGGUGAGGUGUCGCGGAAAGUCAACCCCUAUUAUCAGACUUACGAAGCUAGGGCUGCAAUCAUAGAACCUAAAGUCAUGGCCAGAAAUGACAACGUGUACGUUAAGAGUUUUGUGCCUCCAAAACAACCAAAGAAUCAGAGUAACAAAAUAGAGCCAAAGAUGGCCUCGAAAGCGGUUCCUUGGUUUAAAAAGCAUAAAGUAGGUAAUAUCCGUUGUGGGGAACAUUUCAGGCAACUUAUAAAUGAGAAUUGA